CACGGUUUUCACCACGUCGCAGUCCGACCGGAAGACCGCCCCAAAAUCGCUUUUGUCCUCUUCGAGGGCACGUGGCAGUGAAUCCGGUGUCCCAUGGGAAUUUGCAACGCCCCCGCAACAUUCCAGCGGGCCAUGAAUAUGGCCUUCGCCAAGUUCGUUAACAAAACCCGUUUGACACAGCCGUUGAUAAAUUUUUGUGUGAUCGUGUACAUGGAUGACAUUUUGUUUUUUUCCAAAACCUAUGAGUACCAUGUGGAACAUGUCGAAUGGGUAUUGCAUGCGUUGAAAGAUGCGGGGUUCAAAGUGGCUCUGGAGAAAAGCGAGUUCUUUCUGUCCGAAAUUUCCUUUUUGGGCUACAUCGUCACGGUCGACGGACUGAAACCGGAUCCCAGGAAGGUAGCAGCGGUUCGAGAAGCCCCGGCCCCGGUCACGCUCACUCAGGUUCGAGCCUUCCUAGGGCUGGCCUCUUAUUAUCGAUGCUUCAUUCGGAGCUUUGCCUCCCUCUCCAAGCCGCUGGCUAACCUGCUGAAGAAGGAGGAGCAGCUGAUCUGGACGCCGGAAUGCGAGGCGGCUUUUCGGGCACUCAAGGAGGCUCUGACAUCGGCACCCGUGUUGGCGCGUCCCGACCCAACAAGACAGUUUGCGCUGCAUACCGACUGGCAGUCGCAGGUGAUAUUGGCGGUGCUGACUCAGCAAGGAACAGAUGGAAGGGAGCACGUCAUUGAGUAUGCAUCGAAAACGCUAAGUCAGGCGCAGUCAAAUUACGAGGUGUGCAAGGAUCGCUUGUUGCGGCAUCAGUUCAAUGAGGAGAGGCAGUUGCGAUACGACAUUCAGCAGGUGAACGUGCCAGCGCCCGGGGCUGCUGAUCUGGCGGCGUACUCGUUACUUUGUGAUCGGCUGACGUAUGCGGGGGUGUACGUGGACGUGACGCAGUUGCCUGGGCGGGAGACGACUCGAGUGUUCAUCGAGUUCCGCGCGCUCCAGGUGGCACCUAACUUCGUGCAUAGCGUCGCCACCUUCAUCGGAGAUUUGACGAUCCUGCCGCAGCCGAGUCGGGAGCUGGCGCGAAGCUUUGUGCGCGAAUACGCGGUGCAGGCGGCCAGAUCAGUGGCCAGAGUGCAAGGACGGGGAGGGCAUCGAUUCACAGCCCACGAAGCGCUACUGCGCAGGGCAGAGGACGGACCAAUUGCCGAGGAAGAGGAGAUCCAACCACGAUUGCGGACGGCGACUGCCCCGCGGAGAACGUACCACGCGGUCCUCAUCCCUGAUUACAUUGCGCAGCGCGAGGAGAGGUUGGAGGACUUCCCGGAGGAAAAGCCGUUGCGACCUCCCUCGUCGUAUCCCAGACCGGCACCGCCAAAGGCCCCCAAGAAGACGCCGAAGAGGAAGAGACGCCACCCGUCGCCAGGAGCGCAAGGCAGCAGAAUCGGUGGCGGCGAGGAGGUGGUUCAGCCUGUGCGUGCGCAGAAUCUUGACCUGGUGCCUGGGAGUGCAGCGACGCUGGUUAAGGAGACUGUCGUGCCAUCACCGCCCUUCCCGCGUGUGCCCGAUCUCAAUCUCAAUGGAGCCAGGCCAUCAGCCGCAGCAGCCGGAGGAGGAAGCCGAAUGGGAUUACCGGAUCCUGUAUCCAGAACCCCCGUCCUCGUGGGACCUUUCCGCUUCCGUCAGCCACCCCGGAGUGCCCCGGUCAUUGACAUUAGUAGUUCCUCCGAGCCGGACGGUCCAUCCGACCAAGCGCAACUGGCGGGGACGCUCAUCUAUGAGACCGGGCAGCGUCCCAAUGUGAUGUACCACUUCCUCGUCUUCGCGGCGCAGAAGCGGGAGCGGCGGCCCUACACUGAGACUCAUCUGGUGAUGACGGGUCCCGGACCCCGGUCGGUGCGCAAGCGGGUGGUGCGAGCGGUGGCGGAUCUGGCGCCACGUGUCCUGUCUCAUGUGCCAGGGGCCUUUCUCUAUCCCUCGUUCGUCCAGCACCGCUUCCAUGAGGAGGACGCGCCGACGACUCCCGCGGCAAUGGCCGCUUUCCUUCCACCUAUUCUGCCCCCUCUUAAUCCUGACAUCGAUCACUUGCUUUGAUCACCCUCGUCUACCUCUCCCCUCUUCUCUCCUUCUCCUUCUCUUCAUCGUCUUCUUCUCCUAUGCCCAAAGUUCGCACGUCGAGACGC